CACAUUCCUCUGCUUUGCAUAACAAUAGAAAUCAACCAAAACUUCAUCUCUCACAAAACCAAAGUCACAUGACAGGAAGAGUUCUACUUCUGCUUUCUCUGCUGGUUCUGAGCCUUGUCCUUUUCACUGCUGAAUCCGCAGUUGCAAGAGGACCAAACCCGAACCCAAUAGAGUUCAUAAAGUUCUCGUGCAGAGCCACACGCUACCCUGCUGUGUGCGUCCAAACUCUCACUCGAUACGCGCACGUGAUUCGCCAGAACGAGCAGCAACUAGCCAUCACUGCCUUGACAGUGAGCAUGUCCAUGACCAAGUCAAGUGCAUCAUUCAUGAAGAAGAUGACAAAGGUGAAGGGAAUCAAGCCAAGGGAACACGGUGCUGUGCAAGAUUGCAAGGAGAACAUGGACAACAGUGUGGAUCGUCUUAACCAAUCGGUGAAGGAGAUGGGGCUUACCGCAGCCGGUAACGUGAUGUGGCGAAUGAGCAAUGUGCAAACUUGGGUUAGUGCUGCUCUCACUGAUCAGAACACUUGUCUUGAUGGGUUUGCUCAUCCUCAAAUGGAUAGAAACUUGAAGGCUUCUAUAAGGGCCAGGGUUGUUGAUGCUUCUCAAGUCACUAGUAAUGCCCUUGCUUUGGUUAAUCGCUUUGCCUCAAAGAUUGAGACACCAUAAGCGUGGUCUUUGGGUUUGGUUCAAUUGUGUUCUAAUAGUUUUUUGGCAUUUCCUCUUUGUUAACAUGCAACUCCUUCUCCUCUCCCCCAGAAGUGGCAUGCAUGUGUUCUAAACAAGUCUUUAUUUGGUUUCAUGUGGUUUUGUUCAAGUGUAAUUACUAAUUAUAUGUGUUUUGUGUGCUUCUGUAAGGUGUUUUUCAAGGAUUUGUUAUAUGGAUAGUGUUAUGUGAGUUGUGUAAUAUUCUCUCUUCAAAAAGAAGCAGAUUUUUAGUGAAGAUCUCUGUUUACAAGUGCUUGAAAAUUAAUGAAAAAAGAAUUAUAUUA